CGCGGCAAUCCGCGGCAUUCUCUGAAUAAACGGCGGUGUGUUGUGUACGUGUUGUUUGUGAGCAUAGUGAAGUUACGAAUACUUUUAAAAAAUAUAUAGUUUUUGUGUAUCGCACCUAAUUAGUAAAGACGAUAAUAAUGGAUUAAUUUGCUCAUGUGUAACAGUUAUUUUAUUAGCGAAUUCAAGAUGUUAUAUAAAACUUUGCCUGCUAAUUGAAGAUACUUCAAGAAAAUCAUCAAAAUGAAGCAGUGCGUGAAUAAAAAUCUCAUAACGCUAAAAUGCGUGCUCUUCUGUUUUCUCUCAGGCGUCGGCUGUAUAUUUCCUUUUCUACCGCCGCAUAUGCUGUCACUGGGUUUAGACAGAGGUGAAGCCCGCUUGAUAUCUGCUGUUGCACCAUGCAUCGCUCUACUCGGUCCUGCUCUGUUAGGACCACUUAUUGACAAAUUGUCAGUGGGCCGCGGAUCGACUGGGGGUUCAGCAGGGCCGAGUGGUUCCGGAUCGCUGUUACGCAUCGUCACCGCCAUCUGCUUCAUACUGAGCGCUCUAUUUUACACCCUCCUGUUGACUGUGCCGUAUAGCCAUCGCCAUCCGGUGCGACGACCGCAAGUCCUGUUUAUGUGCGACGAACAGAGCGCUUACGUCAUGCAGGAGGUGUGCAAGGAGGACAUGCGAUGCAACCGCUGGUCCGGCGAGAGGACUGGUGUGCUGGCAGUGGGUUCCUGUGAGUAUGGAUGCGCCGACCCGAACAUGACUUGGGUGAAAAAGCCGUUUACAACGAACAACCCCGCUUCAACCACACUUAGCCCUAUGUAUAACAGCGUCGCCAAUACUACUAUGUUAAUAGAAACAGGUAACGAAGAUGAGUGGGACUACGAAGAGUUUCCACCUCACCUGUGCUACAACGGGAAGUGUAUGGUGUACAUGCAACACGAGGCGCGUCUGCGACUGCCACUUUCGUUAAUUGCACCCGAACCGCUCACCGACAAUGAGACAGCCGAUUCCGAUUGGUGCACAUAUAAAACCAGUGGUCCAUCGAAGUGCACGGUGCCGCCGCAGCGCCUGGAAGAUUUGUACGUGAACACUGACGAGUGCACACCAGCGGUGCGGUGCCAGGUGCUCGACCCUUACGACGAGCCCGAUGGUGUACUGGCCAAUGCUGAAUGUCGUCUUGUAAUCGGGGACCCGACAUACACCUUCUCCACUUAUUUUGUCAUAAGAGUACUAGCAGAUAUAUGGCCAACAGCUGGACUAGCAUUACUAGGCGCUGCGUGCGUCAUCGCCACUCGCGAGACGUCGCUGGGUCGCGGUGACGUCGGACGCCAGCUCGCCUUCGGUACCUUGGGGCUCGCUAUCUUCCCCCCUUUAGCGGGCCUAGCCGCUGAACAGAUGCCCGAGACGCCCUACGUUGUGCCGUUUACUCUUCACGCAGUCUUUAUGCUGAUAGGAGCUCUCAUUUUGCUCGUCGACAAGCACAUGCCACUGUCUACACCCGAGUGGUGGUGGCACACGGCGACGGGCGCGCUCGCGUUGCCCAUGAACGCUGUCCGCAGGUACGGCGCGGAGACUGCAGCCGUUUUUGCAGUGGUCGUACUGCUUGGAAUGCUGUGGAGCGGGAUCGACUCUUAUUUGCCCUGGACCAUAAUGGAGCUAAACAAAACGGCGUCUGAACUGAACACGACGACACUGGAUAUGAACACCACAGCGACGCAGAUAGGGCUGACGUUGACGGCGGGCGCGCUGCCGGCCGUGCCCGCGCUCCUGUGGGCGGAGGCGCUAGUCGACUACAUCGGACACUCCAACGUGUUCAUUACCGCAUUCACUUUCUACUGUUUGAGAUACACUGGACUAGCAUACAGCACGGACUACACUUGGGUAGCGGUGUGUGAGAUCCUAGAGGUGUUUACGCUGAGUCUCGUGUGGGUGACCGCGGUGUUGUACUUCAGGCAUCUCGUGCCGCGCAAGUACACAGUCACCGGACAAGCUUUGCCCGUCAUUGCACACUUCUGUAUUGGUCGCUGUAUCGGCGCGCUGGUGGGCGGGCUGGUGUCGGAGGCACCGCCGCUAGAGUCGGCGCGUGCUGUGUACCGCGCGCUGGGCGUGGCGGCGCUGGUGGCGGCCGCCGUGUAUCUGGCACUCUACCACCUGCUGCUGGCGCCGCGUUGUGCCGCGCGUCCCGUCGGCCCACCGCACCACUUGUUGCAAGGUUUAAACGCGAAUGGAGCAUCUAACGGUACAUACCCUCCAUUGCGGGUGUACCACGAGGAGCGUUCAAGGAAGGGACAUUUUCGUUAUUAGUCGCCUCUAUUGUUGUUUGUUAUCGUCUUAUUAAUAAAGUUUACAAAGGUACCUAUUGUCGUAGGUAUGUUAGCCACAAGUAAGUAGGUAUUCGCCUAGCAUAACAAUUUAGUCUAUAGUUUUAAGAGUAAUGUGCAAAAUUGUGAUAAAAUGUGCUUUUUCACUAAUGGCAGUCUGACCUCUGUAUACAUAUUUAUUUAUAUUUUUCAUAAACAAUUUCUAAUUGUAUUGUAUUAUUUGCAUUUGUAUGAUACAUAUUUUUAAUAAAUGGAACGUUAGAAUCCGAA